GAGAGCGCGGCUCCUUUGAGGCAGACUUGAGGCGUGAGGACGAGCGCCGGCCAGAGGCUGGGAAAACCGGCGAUAAGGGAGGGCGGUGCCGGAGAAGGGCGGCGCGUGGCUGACUCAUCCCUCUGGAAGAUAAGACUGACAGACGCAAACCCUUGCCGAACCCGCCCGCCCGCCCGCGCUGCUCCGGGUCGGCUGGGAGGCGCCCGCCCGCGCCGCCAGCCCGCCCGCCAGCCAGUCUUCUCCUGGAGCGCUCUCCCGGCCCGGCCGCCUCAGAGAAAGUUUUCCUCGUCGGGAGGGACUGGAGGCGCCGCGGGCCUUCGGGGAAGGGAAGGAGGACGCAAGAAGAGGCUCCAGCCGCGCGGGCCGAGGAGUGCAUGGUGCCCGGCGCCUCGGUCGCCUGUCAGGAGGACAUUGGGGCGGGGUCGGGCUGAGGCCAGCUCCUUCUUUCCCGCGGCCUCGUCAGAAAUCGCCCUCCCGGACUGCCGCGGGGUCCCCGCUCCUCAGCCCGCCAUGUCCCGGCUGCUGCCGCUGCUGAGGAGCUGGACCGCGCGCAGCCUGAGGCCGGGCCCGGCCGCCGCCGCCGCCGCCGCCGCCGCGCCCCGUCCGCCCUCCUGGUGCUGCUGCGGGCGGGGGCUGCUCGCGCUCGCGGCCCCGGGAGGCCCCCGGGCGCUGGGCACCCACCCCAAGAAGGAGCCCAUGGAGGCGCUGAACACGGCUCAGGGCGCGCGCGACUUCAUCUACAGCCUGCACUCCAGCGAGAGGAGCUGCCUGCUCAAGGAGCUGCACCGCUUCGAGUCGAUCGCCAUCGCUCAAGCAUGCAGGUAUCCCAAACCUGAGAUUGCCAUUGUGAAGCGAGCGAAGGAGUUAUCAUCAGCAGAGACCUCUGAUAGUUUUGAAAAGUUGGAAGCUCAACCACCAACCCCAGGACAGCUGAGAUAUGUAUUCAUCCACAAUGCGAUACCUUUCAUAGGGUUUGGCUUUUUGGAUAAUGCAAUUAUGAUUGUUGCAGGAACCCAUAUUGAAUUGUCUAUUGGAAUUAUUUUGGGAAUUUCAACUAUGGCAGCUGCUGCUUUGGGAAACCUUGUGUCAGAUUUAGCUGGCCUUGGACUUGCGGGCUAUGUUGAAGCUUUGGCUUCCAGGUUAGGCCUAUCAAUUCCUGAUCUCUCACCAAAGCAAGUUGACAUGUGGCAAACACGUGUUAGUUCACAUUUGGGUAAAGCUGUCGGGGUGACUAUUGGCUGCAUUCUAGGAAUGUUCCCUUUGAUCUUCUUUGGAGGAGGUGAAGAUGAUGAAAAACUGGAAAAGAAAAAUUAACUCACAUAGAAUACCUUUAAAAAGAUGUAAACUAAUGUACCUCAGUUAUCAAAUAUGCUGUCAACAGCGUUUAGGAAUUAAGACAGUAACAGUGUAUAGAUAAUGGGAUCAAAUAAUUCAGCAUGUAUUAUGGAAAACACUAACUUAUUGUGGCUUGGUUUUCUUAGGACAUCUUUUUAAAAAAAUUUUUUGUGUAAAUUGGUAAAAUGCUUUUUCAUCAAUGGCAGUCAACAUUUUACCUUUUCUUUUUCUUUAUAUACCAAAAUACCAUGUAAGUAUCAGUCGUUGAUGUACUGUGCUAACUUGAGAUUUGCCUGUUUGUUACUUACCAUGUGUACACGCAUGAAAGCAUUUACUGUCGUCGUUGUCCCCUACAGUUACAAUCCAACCUUAAAAUUUUUUCCAAAUUACUUAAGAUGUUUAGUAUCAGUUGAAUAUUUCUUUUUUACUCUCUUUUUGGCAACAUCAAUUUUGUACUGUUUCACAGUAAACAUUUACAAUCAUAUAGUUUCAGUCCUUUUUUAAAAACUCUCACAUCUAUUCAAAAUGAACAGACUUUAAGUACUUACCACUCAUUUCGAUUUUCUGACCUCUUAGUCUCAAGAGCCAGAGAUUAAUUAGGAUGAACAAUUAUUUUUACUACAUAAGAACAUAUAUGUUAAGAAGUGCAUUAUUUUGAGUUGGUUUUUAUACUUUUAUUUUCUCAAGUUUGAAUGAUUACGUAGUGAUUUUUGACUCCUAUGGGAAAGAAAGUCAUUAGAGUGCUUUUAUGGGGAUUGUGGGAUUUAGGUCAACUAAGAGGUUUCACAUGACACUUGGAAAGUUACGAGGCUAAAAAUAGUUUUUUCACAGAAGUAUAAAAUGGAAACUGUUAAGAAGGUCUAUGGUAUAACUGGUGAAGUUGAGGUGAUGUUCGUAAGGUUAGUAAGUACAAAUAAUAUUGUUUGGGAAUGCUCCUCCCCUCCAAAUGUUGUCCCCUUAUCUAAGUUGAAUUAAUUUGAAUCCUAAUGUUAUAUCUUCUUUAGCAGAUUUUAUUUCUGGAUAACUUCUUUUGAGGUGAAAAACAAAUAUUUUAUAUUUUACUUUUUGCUAUAUAUAUAUAGCCUAGUAAUCGAAAGAUGUAUGAGGAGAAAUUCUUUCUCCCAUUUUUCGUUCCCUUUCUUUUUUUGUGGCGUUUCAAUCAUAUUCUAGAUUGAAGUUCCUUAUGUCCAGUCUUGUGUAUCUGACUUAAGUGUAGCUAGAAUUCACAUCUAUACUUGUGAGUCAUAAAUUUUAAUUUUAUGAACCUGUAAAGUUUGUUAGCAUGUGAUCUGUUACACAUGCUAAAAAAUUACUCUUAAUUGUAAGAGUACUUAAAUACAUCACAGAGGAGGAAAACAAAUUAAAAUGACUAUUUGGGCCACUGAAACUAUUUACUUUGCUAAAUAGAUGAAAAAGAAGGGAAACUUAAAGAUGGCUGUAUUUACAGCUACCUUAUUUUAAAGUUUUAUUUGCACAUUUACUUUGAACUCUUAUUUUCAGAGGAGCUGGUUUCUCUUACAAGACAGUUUGUGAUAAAUUCUUUUCUGUUUACUUCAAAAUUAUUUUAGAGCUAUCCUGUAAUCAUAGAUUUUUGAGGGAAAAAUAGAUCAUAUGCUAUAAAAAUAAAUAUAUAACAUUCUUCUUAUGUACAAAUAAUGUGACAGUCUCGUUUGAUCAAAUUAAAAUUAUAAAACUUAACAUCUUAAAUAGAAUUGUGGUUUGUAUCUUCCACAUAACAUCACAGACACCAAUUUUUUUUUUUUUUUAUUAUUUCAGGUAAUAAGAUUAGGGUGAUUAUUUAAAAAAAUUUUUUUUGGUGAAUGUUUAAGUGCUUUUGUGCCUAACUUAUAUUGCCAGCCCUUUCUGUUCUCUGAAAACAUAUGUUUUUGUGGUGCUUAAAUUUUCUUUUUAUUAAGUCUUAUAUCCAGAAACCUUACCUAUGAGUUUAGAAAGGGCUUUUGAUUUUACUUUCUUCUUCAUUUUUUUUCUGCUCCUGAAAGUAACACAGUCCUACAGAAUCUUUUAGUUUAACUGAGCAUCUGUAGAAGUAUUUAAGAUUUCAAAAUAUGGAAUAUAUAACCUUCAUAUUGAAAAGUACUUUAAUUUGUGGUCACAAUACAAUUUGCAUAAUUCAGGUAAUUAGUUUAAAAGAAUGGAGCCCUUUCAUCCUUAACCUAAGGUACACAUUUUUUUCUAGUAUGGUGCUUUGCACAAAGUGGCUUCUGAAAAAUGGUUCCCUUUAAGAUAAUGACUUCAUAUAAUCAUUGUUUCAUGUUACUUGUCAUGAAGAAUGUUAUUUCAGGUUGAAACUGGAAUUCUUAUUUCUCACAUUAACUAUUUCUUUAUUGGGAGCAACUAUAACUAUGAUUAAAUGCAACAUGAGCUGCAUCAAUACUGUUCAUUGAUAUCAUGUUGUCCGUGUAUUAUGAUUUAUUGACUUAUUUAUGCAUGUAAAUUGGGUGCAUUUUGCUGCCACUGUAUGUUAAAUGGUGACCAAUGUUUUUACAAAGGAAUUGAACAAAGAAAAAUACCUUUUAAGAAAA